AUGUCAUCAAAUUAUAGAUCACAACAAUCAUUAUCAUCAAAAAUACUACUGAAAAAGAGAUUUUAUAAAAAACCAUUACUUCUAUUUUUCAUAAUCAAUACAGUAUAUCUUUUAACUUAUUAUUCAGUAUUUAAAAAAGUUCCUUCUACUGAAUUAUUUAGACAUAUUACGAUAGAUGAUCGAACUACAUUACCACAAUUAUCAACUUCUAAUAUAAACUAUACUCAAGAACUCGAGUAUUUAUUGACUAACAUACAAUCACCUAAACAUACAACCGUUUUAGAUAAAUCAUUUACAGAUAUUGAAAAUUUAUUAAAUUCAGAUUUAAUGUAUCAAGAUGAUAGAUUAACUUUUUCGGUAGUUUUGGAUCAUAUAUAUAAUAAUGAAAAUAAUGAAUUGCCAAAUAGUAUCCCAUUUGACUGGUCAGAUUGGGUUGAUUUAUCAUAUUUAAAUAAUCAAUUAGCUAAACCAAUGGAAAAAAGAAUUAAAUGUCAAGAUUUAAUCCCACAUAUGAAUUUAAGAAAGAAUAGAAAUAAAGCAGAAGCUGAAAGAAAUCAUUUAUUUUUUGGGUGUAUAAAUACUGAAGAACUAAAUAAUGAACAACUUGAUGAAUUUGGUUAUACUAAAAAUCAAUUACCUGGAUUUAUACAGUUAAAGCAUACUUCUUUUACUACAAGUGAAUAUAUUAGAAAUUUACAAGGUAAAAGUUAUCUUUUGACUAAUCAACCAUUACCUUAUAAAGUUAUAUUUUUAAAUGAUAAAGGUAAUGAUUUAGUUCUAGAUGUUCAUAAGGGUAAAAUAAAAGAUUAUUUGCCAAAUUUUAAAUAUUCGAAAUUUGAUAUACUACAACAAUUUAAUAAGAAUAUAAUAGUAGAUGAAAGCUUCAAAUAUAGUCCAUUACCAACUGUAAAUAUACCUCAAGAAUCAUUCAUAUACAAUAGACAAAUAUUAUCUAAAAAAUUAAAUGAGUUAAAUGCCAUACCAGUUGAAAAUUUAACAAUAUUACAAAAAUCAUAUUUAGAAUCAAUAAGAUUAACUUUAAGAGUAAAACCUGCAACUAACCCAGAAACUCCAUAUUUUAAAGAAUCAACAUUGAGAUUGAAUGAAGAAAAUCAUGAUGGUGGUUGGCAUUAUGAUUGGAGAUUUUUCAAUGGUAAAUUAACUGAUCCAAAAAGAAGUUCUAUCAUUUUAGAAAGAUUAUUAAGAAAUUGGUUUAGAUUUAGUCAGAAGCAUGAAUUAACAAGUUGGAUAGCUCAUGGUCCUCUUUUAUCUUGGUAUUGGAACGGUGGUAUUUUCCCAUUUGAUAAUGAUUUAGAUGUACAAAUGCCUAUCCAACAUUUAAUGAAAUUAGGUGAAUUUUAUAAUCAAACUCUUGUGGUUGAAGAUUUAAAUGAAGGUACUGGGAAAUACCUUAUUGAAGUGGGUACAUUUGUACAUAAUAGAAAUAUUUCAAAAAGAGGUAAUCAUAUUGAUGCAAGAUUUAUUGAUAUUGAUACUGGUAUUUAUAUUGAUAUUACUGGUAUCAGUACAAGUGCUGCAAAACCUCCUAUAUCAAGUUAUCAAAAUGUAAAUGAUGAUAUUGAUGAAGGUCCAUUGUUGACAAAGGACAACCCAACAUUCAAUGAUAGAAGAGUUCAUUAUUAUCAUUUAAAUCAUUUAUCACCACUAAAAUUAUCAAUGUUAAAUGGAGUUCCAUGUUAUUUACCUAAUUUAAUAAUCAAAAGAUUGAAAUAUGAGUAUCCAGAUGGAGCAUUAACUAAAAUAGAAUAUAAUGAUUGGUGGUUUGUUAAAAACUUACAAUCUUGGAUCCACAAAGAUUUAUUAUUACCAAUAUUAGAUGCAAAUAAUUACUUGGAAAAAGGUAAACACGAAAAUAAAAUCAAUAAACAAAAAUUUCAAGAAUUAUUAAAUAAUAUAACAGAUGAAGAAAUUUAUAAUUUAUUAACUAAAAAUCAAGAAAUUUUAAUAUCAUACUAUUUAUCUCAAUCAAAUUCUAAUUUUCAUAAUGAAGAAAUAAAACAUAUUAUAAAAAUAGAUCCAACAAAGAAUAUAAAUGUAAAUGAUUUACCAAGUGGUAAAAUUUUAGAUAAUUUUGAAGCUUUUAAAAAUGAAGAAUAUCUUAAUUUAGUUAGGGAUAAUGUCAAAUUAAAUCAACCUAUUAGAGAAUCAUUGUUUGAAUUUGAAAAAAUUAACGGUGGGAUAGACGAAUAUUAUAGAAAAGCGUUUUUAAAUUUAGAUGUCAUUGAAGUUAAAUAG